CAAGAAGCAGUGCUAGGUGUGAAGUUUCCAUGCAGCUCUACUAAAUUAGUGCACUAGGAUGUUUCCAGUACAAGCUUAAAUCAGCACCAUGGACCACUCAUAGGUCCUCUAGCAUCCUCCAGUAUGAUCGCUUCUGUCUGGUUUUGCCUCUAUGCUGCAGUUGUGAGGGCAAGUGUAAGGAAUGAAAUGGAGACAAUAGAUGCUACAGAGGGAACGACUGUAACUCUGAGGACUGACUUGACCACAAAAACCACCGGUGAUGUAAUUGUGUGGACAUUUGGACCUGCAGACACUCUCAUAGCACAGCUAGUUAACCGGAACACUGUCACUCUCUCUAGUGAAAGAUUCAGAGACAGACUACAGCUGGACACGCAGACUGGAUCUCUGACCAUCUGCAACGUAGGCAUCAGUGACUCUGGAGUUUAUAAAGUACUUAUCAUCAGUGUAGAGAUCUCAAACAAGCAGUUCACGGUCACUGUUUAUGCACCUGUCUCCAUACCUGCCAUCAAAAAUAUCUCAGAUAUCAGUGAGUGUCAAACUCCAGACAAGAAUCUGUCACAUUCUAACAUAUCGGAAGCCACAGAAGAUCAGUCAAUGCAGCUUCAAAGCACUCCCAUCAGGACAGACAGAGGGUCCACUACAGAUCUCUGCACAGUGCUUUGUUCAUUGACAAAUGGCCCGCAUGUCAACCUGUCAUGGACUAAAGGCAAACGGACUUUGAAACAGACCAAUAAUUUGGAUGUUAGUGUCCUUCUCUGCCUUCAUCUGGAGAUACACAUUCAGGACAAUCACAUCUACAGCUGUGUAGCUGCCAACCCAAUCAGCAGUCACUCAACCCAACUCAACAUCACACAGUUCUGUCCACAAGUUGGCCUGUCCAGAGUCCACUGUUGUGGCGCUGUUGAACGUUUGGUCCGACUGGUGCUGUCUGCUGUGGUGGGCUUGGCUGUUGUUGCCAUCCUGAUUCAUCACUUUAGAUCCAGAACUGUUUUGAAUAGGAGGGUGGAAACUCAUAUUAAUGCCACAGGCAGCCGUCAGACCACCAGCAUGAGGAUUUCUGUCCGGAUUUUGAUCUAUGCUUUAGGUCUGCUGUGCUCAGCUGGAGAAGAGGUUGUCAGACUGCAGGAGCUGGAGGGAAACACUGUAACCAUCCAUACUGGAUUAACUGGAGUUCAGAGUCACAAAAUAAUGUGGUUGUAUGAAUCUGAGAAUGUAGACAUCAGGAGAGUGGAUAGUCUGGUGAUUAGAGGAGAGAUUAUUACAGACAAUUACAGUGAGAGAUUCAGAGACAGAUUGCAGCUGAACACAACCAGUGGAUCUUUAACCAUCAGGAGCAUCAGCAGAGAAGAUUCUGGAGUUUAUACUUUACAAAUCAGUAGUAAAAGUGUCUCCGCCUGGAGUUUCAGUGUUGAUGUCUAUGCUCCAGUAUCAAAGCCAGUCAUAAAAAAUCAAUUUGAAAAAUACUCAGUGAGUCACAGAGACCUAUGUUUCUUGCUCUGCUCUGUGGAGAACGGGAAGGAUGUGAGUUUGUCCUGGUAUGAAGAGAAAGAGAGAAUCUCCAGCAUCAGCAGCUCAGAUUCCAGUGAACGUCUUUAUCUUCCUCUGAAUAAAACCAACCCAGACUGUUCUACUUACACCUGUGUAGCUGCUAAUCCAGUUAGUAAUCAGACCACCCAGCUCGACAUUACAGGUCAUUAUCAUCACUCGGCUGAGUUUGUGGUGAGACUGGUGCUCUCUGCUGUGGUGGUCCUGGCCACCAUCUCCAUCCUGCUUUAUCACUUCACAUCCAAAAGGAACGUGGUGAAACGCAAGUUUCACCAUUAACAAACUGCUGAUGUUUUUCUUUCUAUAGCAGAGCAUUUCUAUAGCAUUCAAAAAUGAAUAGUAUCAAAACAAAGAGUCUAUUACACUGCUGGAUAGAAUAGAAGCUUAUACCCCAUCUAGCUGCCCAACAUCAUUACAUGCACAGACAUUACAUGCUGCCAUCUGCUGGACUGUAUGACUCUGAUCUGAGAGCUCUUCCUUCUUAUUUAUGCCUACGUUACUCAGAGUUUCUCAGAGUGAAGUUUCAGUGCAGCUCCACUGGACUGCUGCACACUGAGGCCUCUACAGUACAGUAAAUCAGCUCAAAGCAGCUCUGUGGGCAGCUGUUAGAAAACCAUCAUGAGGGCUUCUGUCUGGUUCUUCAUCUGUGCUGCAGCUCCAGUAUCAAAGCCAGUCAUAAGAAAUCAAGCUGAAAAGCGCUCAGUGAGUCUGAGAGAGUCAUGCUCUCCUCUGUGCUCUGUGGAGAACGGGAAGGAUGUGAGUUUGUCCUGGUAUGAAGAG